GAAGGGUGGACGCAGCGGCAGUGCUGGCGGCGGCGGCGGUGGGGGGGUUCAAGCCCCGGCGGUAGCAGCUUCUCAGCCUGUGCUUCAGAGUCGUGGAGUGGCGGCCUACCUGGCCCGCUACCGCCAGCGGCACCAACACCAGCAGCAACAGCAACAACAACACCCCACCCGCCUGCAGCAGCCCUUGCAGCAGCAACCCCAGCAGCAGCCCCAGCCAGGCAGGCGAGGUCGGCUGCUUCCAGCUGCCUCUCCCCGCUCCCCUCCUGCCAGCAACCAGGGACAGCAGCAGCAGCAGCAGCUAGACACCGACAACAGCAACAACAACAACAGCGGGGUUGGCAAAACCGGCGGCGGUGGGGGCAACAGCAGCAGCCCCCUCAACCCGCUGGUCUGGGCGCGGAAGGCCUCAGGUGCCGUCGUACGGCGCUUAUCCGGCGGCGGCAGCGGAGCCGCAUGGCAGGGGGCGGCAGCACUGCAGGGUCCGCAGGGCCGAGGUGUGUUCUGCUACUUCAAGGUUACCGUGGACAAGCAGUCCCACAAGAGCCGGUUGCGCUGGCUGCCUGCGCCUCCGGACACCGCAGGGGGGGCUGCGGGCGCCGUUGCUGCCAUCGCCUCCUCCUUCUGUGUUCCCCUGCAGCCCUACCGCUUCCUGUUUGCACUGCAACGGCCGCUGGUGAAUGCGCCGGUGGGGAUCACGCUGUACGUCACCACAUCCGCCAGGCGGCGCGGUCGUGCGGUGGGUCGGCUGACGGUGCCGCUGUACGAGCUGGUGGAGCAGCUGGUGGCGGCGGACGUGCGGGCGGAGGCAGCGAGG